UAUCCUGUAUUACAUAAUCAAGGUCAAUUUCUGUAUUUGUCAGUGACAGUGUGUACUUCGUUCAGAUAGGACGGUAAUUUCCGUUCCAAGAUAUGGCCAUGUUCACCAAUAACGACGAAGCUUCGCUAGAACAUUAUAUCAGAAUCAAUGACACUCGGGCUAUUCUGAUCUAUCUAAAUGAUCAGAAAGCUCGACUCUACUUACCAAUCAUAAUAUUUCUGGCAAUGCUCUCGGUAUUUGGAACUUUUGGGAAUAUUUUAGUAUGUGGUGUGUAUUGGAACAAGAAAUAUAAAGCCUCUUCACAUUAUUUCAUACUGACGUUAGCUGUUUUGGAUCUGGUAACAUGCAUCAUUGGUAUACCAACUGAAAUCAUUGAUCUCCGCUACCCAUACAUGUUCUUUUUACCAAUUGUUUGUAAAUUAUUACGAUUCGUCCACUCUUCGACAAUCAUAUCGUCCUCAUCAUGCCUGAUAGCUGUUGCUUUUGAUAGAUAUUAUAGAAUCUGUCGUCUCGGAAAACAGUUCAGUGUUGGAAAAGCACGAGGAUUGUCAAUAUUGUCUGUGGUGUUGGGAAUAUUAACGGCCGCUCCCUCAGUGAUGAUUUUUGGAAAGAAGACGAUUGAUUUAAAAAUCAACGGUGUUUAUGGUGUUGAUUGUUCUACUGAUGAUUCUAUAAGAGGAACCAUAUACCCCACUAUUUACUAUGCUUGUCUGUUCAAUUUGUUUUUCAUGACAGUGAUGUUUUUCGCUGUACUCUAUACAAAAAUAGGUAUAGAAAUAUGGAAACGAAAGAGAGCUAAUAUCAGUGAUCAGUUGGUUAAUUCGGAUUCUGGAGGAAAUAAACAUACUAUAGCUACCACUGUUUCAGAUCCUACUAGCACAGAAAUGUCAUCUGAUAUUGAUGAUGGAAACCAUAUAGGCAAACAUCCUAAAGCUCGACCUAAAUCCAAACAAAGAAUGAGAGUUGGCAGAACAACGACUGUGUUAUUUGCUGUUACUUUGGCUUACAUCCUGAGUUUCUUGCCAUAUUUAAUCGUUAUGGUGGUGCGAAGUGUUUUAAAAGACUUUGAAAGUAAUUUAGACAGUACGGGAGAAGUUAUAUAUAAAUUUUGUGUGAAAUCCUUCUUUAUAAACAAUGCUAUCAAUCCUUUAAUUUAUAGCUUUUUAAAUUUGAGUUUUAGAAAGGAUGCCAAACAACUGUUACGAAGAAUGGGACGAACUUGCUGUUGUAGAUCUGGUGUUAGUCGGUAGUGAAGAUUGUUAGAUUGGUGCUGUAAAUAUUAUUGUUAAUAAAAUACAUGAAAU